CGUCUCUCGCCCUCCCUCCCGUCGGCCCGACCUGGUCAUGUUCUCGCCGCGCGACGCCGCAGGCAACGCAGUCGAGUGCACGGGUAGCGAGGCCUGGGCCGGGGAUUAUCUGUAUCCGAACGAGUGGUCAUUGACAUGCCACAAAAAGGUGGCGAUUCUGGACAAGGAUCCGUCGUGGGCCAUGCACCGGACCGACGACGCCAAGGCGAUGCUGUGGCUGCUGCUGGCCCUCGUCGUCUAUCUCGGCUUCAACAUGGUCGGCUUUUGGGAGCACCACUUUGAGUAGAGUCAUCCAUCAUGGGUUUUAGUACGCAUCAUGCGCAAACAAACACGAGAGCAGAUCCGCA